AAAACGUGUUCGCUAUUCGGCUGUCGGCAUUUCAAAAUAUUUUAAAAAACGUGGAGGUUAAGUGUUAUUACCUUAUUAUUUUAUUGAAAUAUAAAAAUGGGUAAGGUUCGCAAACGUAAAGGACACGGUCCAAAGAGUCAGAGUGUCGUGGAACACACAGAAGAGGAAGAAAUUACAUUGGACACCAAAGAUAAUGUUGUCCAGACUAUGAUUGAUCAAAUCUCAUCUGCCAAUGUUGAAGAAAAGUACUGUGGAAUACAAACCUUUGCAACACACAUUGAAGACCCAGAAACACUACAAAACAUAAUCAGCCGUGAUCUAAUUAAGAUUGUGGCUCCUCAUAUAAUAGAUGCCGCCAGUUCUGUCAGGAAUGCUGCUGCAGGAGCCCUAAGAAAUGUUUCAGCUUUAAAGUUUGACCUAUGUGACACCUUAAUGGAAAAUGAUGUUAUGACACCAUUGAUAUGCUUCUUUCAUCAGUAUGCAGAAACAUGGGUACCAGACACAACCUCUAAAACUAAUGUGGAAGAUAUUGAUACCUUUGUCCAGUGUGUAAAUCUAUUAUUAAACUUAUGUGAAAGUUCAGACUUAGCAAUCAAAUAUUUAGGUGAAUCGAGAAUACUAGAUAUAUUUCCUAGGUACUUAGAUUUACCUACAUUUGGGGUCGAAAUAGUAAAAGCUGUGAUGCAGUGUCUUUAUGUUGUGCUAGAAGAUAAUCCAAAAGCUAUAGAAAAGAUAAGAUCCUCAUCAGAAAACCAGUUGAAGAUGUUAUUGAUGUUAGAAGAUCCUGAACACUUACUCAUUAAAACCUUGGCUGCUGGUGUAACCAUUAAUUUGUAUGGUGGCAAAAUUGAUGCUUUACCAGUAGAUCUAAUGAACAAAGUUAUAUCUAUAUUAGCUGAAAGUCUAUCAAUAGAUCACAGGAGCUCUUGUCACCAACUUUCAAGCUCAAUUCCAGUGGGAGAUGGAAAGGAUAAGAUUCCAAGUGUCAAAGGCAAAGAGGCACAAAUAUUGGAUAGCAAAAUUAAAUCACUUUUACAGCUCAUAGAUGCACAUCAAUGUGCUAUAGAAAUUGUUGCAAAUUUGUGCUCUAGUGAAGAAUCUGAUGACACUGUUGACAUGGAGUCAUCAGACAGUGAAGAGAUGCAAGAUGAUGAGGUACUGAGUAAUGGUGACAGUGGGUCUCUUCUACCUGAGGAUAAACUGUCUCCGCAUGUUCUAGAAGCCUUUGUCUCAAUGGACGUAUUUAGCAAAAUAUGGAGUAAAACCCAGUUGCCAGCAGAAAAUGUGAUGCUCAUUUUUAGUGAAUAUGAGGGAUCUCAACUGAUUUAUAAAAAACUUCUAACCCUGCAGACCAAAGCUUUACUAUGCAUAAACAACAUCCUGUCCACGCUACCAAUAGAGAACCUGGGUGGUGUAGACGGAGUGUAUAAAGUAUGGGUGGAUGCCGGCAAACUUGUCUUCAAGCAGAACUCUAAAGACAUGAACCUCAUGGAAUCAGCCACCGCUGUCAUGAGGGCCGCUCUAGACAAAAUCAAAUUCAGCAAAAGUGGGGUGACACAGAGUAAAUUAUUCCAAGAUAUGGAAUUAUCUGAUAUUGAGCUUAUGUUGAUCGGAAUUAGAGAUUGUCAAGUAGCAGAAAUUAGAUCCAAUCUCAUAAGAAUGAUUGGUAUAUUAGCAUUGUUGCUGGUCAACAAUCUAAAUGAGGCAACAAGUAAUGUUAUAUGUAUGAUCACAGAGUUUUUAAUAGAGCAAGCACACAAAGAAAGUGAAGUUUGGGUGCUAGCUGAAGCAAUAGAUACUAUUGUGGACUUAUAUUCUGAAGAUGAGACGAACGAAUUGGCCGCGAAAAUCAAGCUUCCCGAGAAGUUGGCAGGAUUAGCGCCUAUUUUACGGAAUAAGGCCCGGCAACAAAAGAAACUGCCUAAGGAGUACAAAGUUCUCGUCAACACGGCAAACUCAAAUCUACCGAGGUUUAUUAAGUAUAUGAGGGAGACCGUCAGCAAAUUAUAAACAGUAAUCAGUAGAUAAGACGAAAUGUUAUUAUGUAAGUCAGAUUACAGAAAUCUAUGUUUAUAUAAUAUUUUUAAAUGACAAUAAACUGAUCACAAAUA